AUGGGUUUGUUCGAAUCAGUGAAAUCGAUCAACUGGGAACUCGAAUCACCUCCGGUUUACCAGGAUUUUCGUAUUCUUCCUCUCUUUGCUCUGUUCUUCCCUUCGAUUCGAUUUCUCCUCGAUAGAUUCGUCUUCGAGAAAUUAGCAAAGCAUUUGAUCUAUGGAAAACAGAGGCAGAAUAUGGGAGAUGAUGCAACCGAGAGAAAGAAGAAAAUCAGAAAAUUCAAAGAAUCGGCCUGGAAGUGUGUUUACUACCUCUCGGCUGAGAUUCUUGCUCUAUCUGUGACUUAUAAUGAACCUUGGUUUAUGAACACUAAAUACUUUUGGGUUGGUCCUGGAGAUCAGGCUUGGCCUGAUCAACAAACGAAGUUAAAGUUGAAGCUUUUGUAUAUGUUUGUGGCUGGGUUCUAUACAUACUCCAUCUUUGCUUUGAUGUUCUGGGAAACAAGGCGUUCUGAUUUCGGAGUUUCAAUGGGUCAUCAUAUCGCGACUCUCAUUCUUAUUGUCCUCUCAUAUGUAUGUAGCUUCUCUCGUGUUGGUUCUGUUGUUCUGGCACUUCACGAUGCGAGUGAUGUGUUUCUUGAAGUCGGGAAAAUGUCUAAAUAUAGUGGUGCUGAAGGAAUCGCUAGCUUCUCAUUCAUUCUUUUCGUUUUGUCUUGGAUCAUUCUCCGCCUCAUUUACUAUCCCUUUUGGAUCCUAUGGAGCACAAGCUAUGAAGUACUUUUGGAACUGGACAAGGACAAGCACCCAUUCGAAGGACCAGUUUACUACUUCAUGUUCAACACUCUCCUCUAUUGCUUGCUUGUUCUUCACAUUUAUUGGUGGGUUUUGAUGUAUCGGAUGCUUGUGAAACAAAUACAAGAUAGAGGCAAGCUUAGCGAAGAUGUCAGAUCCGAUUCUGAAGGCGAAGAUGAGCACGAAGAUUGA